GCGGGUGUCAGAGCCGGGCGGACGCGGGCAGUUCCGCGGCGGGGAUGCUGAGCUGCGCCGGGGUGCCGAGCUGCCCUCGCCACUGCGGACUUCCGAGGCGCUCCGGGCCGUGAAAAGCCCCGUGCCGCGCGCUCCCCGCUCCCGAAGCCGGACGCCGGGAGUAGAGUCCAACGCCGUCGCUUGCCACCCCCGGGGCUUUUCUGGAAGCCGAGCGACCCCCCGGGGCUCUCGCGCCUCCGCAGCGGCCCCCCAGCCUCGGCGCGGCGAGCGCGUCCGGCCAGACCCUCCUCGGCUGAGCGGGUCGUCGGGGAGACCCCGGCCGGCUCCUGCCGCACACCAUGAUCGUGGCGGACCCCGAGUGCCGCGCCGAGCUCCAGACCUACCUGCCCAUCUCCCGGGGCGCCGGCGGCCCCGGGGCCGGAGAGGAGCAUAGAGAGAGCCGGGCUCGUCGAGGCCCCCGGGGGCCCAGCGCCUUCAUCCCCGUGGAGGAGGUACUCCGGGAGGGGCCCGAGAGCCUUGAGCAGCACCUGGGGCUGGAGGCGCUGAUGUCCUCAGGCCGGGUGGACAACCUGGCGGUGGUGAUGGGCCUGCACCCCGACUACCUCAGCUGCUUCUGGCGCCUGCACUACCUGCUGCUGCACACGGACGGGCCCCUGGCCAGCUCUUGGCGCCACUACAUCGCCAUCAUGGCUGCCGCCCGCCACCAGUGCUCCUACUUGGUGGGUUCCCACAUCACCGAGUUUCUGCAGACCGGCGGGGACCCCGAGUGGCUGCUGGGCCUCCACCGGGCGCCCGAGAAGCUGCGCAAACUCAGCGAGAUCAACAAGCUGCUGGCACACCGUCCAUGGCUGAUCACCAAGGAGCACAUCCAGGCCCUGCUGAAGACGGGGGAGCACAGCUGGUCCCUGGCCGAGCUCAUCCAGGCCCUGGUCCUGCUCACCCACUGCCACUCACUGGCCUCCUUUGUCUUCGGCUGCGGCAUCCUCCCGGAGGUGGGCCCGGAGGGGAGCCCUGCGCCCCAGGCACCCUCACCCCCCAGUGAGCGGAAUAGCCCCCCCAGCAGGGACUCGUUGAACAACUUUGGGGGCUUCGAGGCCGAGCGGGACGUGGAGACUCUGAUGGAGCGGAUGCGGCAGCUGCAGGAGAGCCUGCUGCGGGACGAGAGCGCAUCCCAGGAGGAGAUGGAGAGCCGCUUCGAGCUGGAGAAGUGCGAGAGCCUGCUGGUGACCCCCUCAGCGGACAUCCUGGAGCCCUCUCCACACCCGGACAUGCUGUGCUUUGUGGAAGAUCCUGCCUUCGGAUAUGAGGACUUCACUCGCCGAGGGGCUCAGGCGCCCCCCACCUUCCGUGCCCAGGAUUAUACCUGGGAAGACCAUGGCUACUCGCUGAUCCAGCGGCUCUACCCUGAGGGAGGGCAGCUGCUGGAUGAGAAGUUCCAGGCGGCCUACAGCCUCACCUACAACACCAUCGCCAUGCACAGCGGCGUGGACACCUCCGUGCUCCGCAGGGCCAUCUGGAACUACAUCCACUGCGUCUUUGGCAUCAGGUACGAUGACUAUGACUACGGGGAGGUGAACCAACUCCUGGAGCGGAACCUCAAGGUCUACAUCAAGACAGUGGCCUGCCACCCCGAGAAGACCACCCGGAGAAUGUACAAUCUCUUCUGGAGGCACUUCCGCCAUUCGGAGAAGGUCCACGUGAACUUGCUGCUGCUGGAGGCCCGGAUGCAAGCGGCUCUGCUCUACGCCCUCCGUGCCAUCACCCGCUACAUGACCUGACUCGGGAGCGGACCUGGGGACCAGCUCCUCCCCACGAGGACUGCUCGGUGUGAGGACAGCCCCCCUCCUCCUCUCUCCCACGCCCACCUCACCACAUACUCUGGGGACCGGCCUGCGUGUGACGCCCUGCCCCACCCCCCCCAGGCCACAUUCUGCUUUUUCUUCCUGGAAUGGACUGGAUCGUUAGAUGGACUCCAGGAGCUCAGCUCUGCCUGGGGGAGCUGGAGAUGGACCAGAGCGACCGCAAGGGCAGAGGGCACCAGGAGGAAAAUGGGCUGAAAUCCGCGCUGGGCGCCCGCAGCUAGGCCCCAGACUCAACAAAUACUAUGUCCUCCAGGAUGUCUCUGGCUGGCCCUGAGAGAGAGGGGCGCCAGCUCCGGGACGCACACUCCAUCAGCUUUGCUUUUCUUCCUCCAUGUUCCCAGACUCCGUUACCUCUCACCGACCAUUCACCCAUCAAUGUGAAGGUCAGGGUCACAGCUGGUCUGUGUGUCUGACUCUACCCUAUCCCCCCAACACCCGUUCUGCUGGGCACCCUGAAGGCCACUAUUUCUUGGUUGCCCUCAUCCUGGUCAGUUCCUGUGACCUUCCUUACCUUCUGACCCUUCUCUCCCGUGCCUGGUGGCAGAAGGCCCCAGUGGAGACCAAGCACGUCCAGAAAGCUGAUCUCAGUGCGGGGCCUCCGUCACUUUGCCUACUGAAGCAGAGGCGGCAGCAGCCUUUGCAACCCUGUUUCCUCAUGGUGAGGCUCUUCCAGGCCUCAAAAUUCGGUGCCACAUUCAAAGCCUGAGAGGAGGAGGAGGAGGAAGGGAGAGAAAUCUUCUCCCCAGAGCUGCACCCGCCUCGGGGGAGCCUGGAACUCCCAUGACUCUGCCACAUACAUGUGCCAAAAAGUUGAGCCUCUCUAGAUGGCUCCAUGGGAGAGGCAGGAGACCCCAGGGUACCUGUGUGGGUCCUGCUGCUGGCCUAGUGACCACGGCCUCAUUGCCAAACCUCUUUGACCUCAUUUCCCCAGUUACAGCGCGGGGCCGGAUAAGUUUUCAGUGACGUCUGUGGCGCGGUUCAGAUCUUUCCAAGGCCAUCCUGCCAGCCACCUACAGGACCUCACAGGCCUCUGGGGAGCCUCUAGCUCCCUCGCUCAGUCUCCUGCCUACCUCCUUGGGACCCCCACCUCCUCCCACUUCUGUCCCCUUCCUCGAGAGCUGGAUUUCUUGGAGGACAGCAGCCAAGGGCCCAUCCCAGGCACUUUCUGUAGCAAACAAGCUGUGAAUUGGGACCCCCCCAGCCCCCCUGGUGGUCAGUCUGCUCCUCUGCCCCGCUCCUGGAAGGCGAGGGUUCAGCUCCUGCUCCUUCUCACCCUCCCUGGCCGGGGCAAGAGAGGACCCUGGUCAUUUUGCCACAUUUCAUACCCGUGCAGGCAUGGGGACGCGAUUGGCCCUCCCCACAGUGAAGUUGAGCAGGCCGGAAGGGGCCCCAGCACUGGGGCUCAGAGCUAGAGGGAGACCCGUGAGGUCUUGUCAGUGUCCCUGGAGGUGGGCGGCGUGUCCAGUGUUCGAAGUCUAUGGCUUUGCUACCAGUUACAUAUGAUGAGAAAUAAAAGUUCACCGAGGUUUUGUUUUGUA